CUGAAGGAUUUGGACCGGAAGCCGUGUUGUUGCUGCUGCAGAGCGGAACACAAGCCAAGAGAGUCGCUGUUAGAUGUAAAAACCACUUUGUUUGUUUGUUGUAUUAACAAGAAAGAGCCAGGAACCAGUUCUUUAAAAGUCUGUCUCAUGCGUGAUGGUCAGAGAUGAGCGUCACUUUGGAUAUAAGACUGAAAAGAGCAAACAAAGUUUACCAUGAAGGGGAAGCGGUGGCUGGUGUCAUCUUGCUGGUGUGUAAGGAGUCGCUGCAGCACCACGGCAUCUCUUUGAACAUGGAGGGACUGGUGAACCUGCAGCUGAGCUCCAAGAGUGUCGGCGUCUUUGAAGCUUUCUACAACUCUGUCAAGCCCAUCCAGCUGAUCAGCAGUAACAUCGAGGUGGCCAAGGCAGGAAAAGUCCCAGCAGGCAAGACUGAGAUCCCCUUUGAGUUCCCUCUGAACACAAAAGGCAACAAAGUGCUGUACGAGACCUACCACGGUGUCUUCGUCAACAUUCAGUACACCCUCCGCUGUGACAUGAAGCGCCCCCUGCUGGCCAAAGACCUGAGCAGGAACUGCGAGUUCAUUGUGCACUGUCAGCCACAGAAAGCUAAAGUUGUGCCGACUCCAGUCAACUUCACCAUCACUCCGGACACCCUGCAGAACAUCCGCGAGAGGAGUUCACUGCCAAAGUUCCUAAUCAGAGGCCAUUUAGAUGCCACCAACUGUGUGAUCAGCCAGCCGUUGACUGGAGAGGUGGUGGUGGAGAACUCAGACGUUCCCAUAAAGAGUAUUGAACUGCAGCUUGUGCGAGUAGAGACCUGUGGUUGUGCUGAAGGCUACGCCAGAGAUGCCACGGAGAUCCAGAACAUCCAGAUAGCUGAAGGUGACGUCUGCCACAGCCUCCCUAUUCCCAUCUACAUGGUCUUCCCCAGGCUGUUCACCUGCCCCACACUGGAGACCACCAACUUCAAAGUCGAGUUUGAAGUCAACAUUGUCAUCGUGCUUCAUGAUGACCAUCUGAUCACAGAGAACUUCCCUCUGAAGCUGUGCAGAGUCUGAACCUGGAAAGUCACAUCAGCACUGAGAUAAGUUCACUGCCGGCCUCCUGGCUUUGAUGACAGGACGGUGAUUUUGAAACCAUGAACAGUUCCUCUAAAGCCAGAAAAAGAAAUAAUGCUAACUUAGAGUGGCUUCACUAAUAGGAAAUGGAUUAUUUAACUUAAAGUAAACCUGAUUUUCUUUCAAAUAGAUGAAUAUGACCCAAAGUGUUUCAAAAGAUUAUUGCUUUGAUUAAAAAAAAAUUUCAAUUUA